AUGUCCGCCCUCUCGGCUCCAGAUGCACCCCUUCAGAUUGAAUGGCAGCCGGUGCCCCUCCAGCUUGAUGCCACCGGGCAGACACAGCUUGUCAAGAAGCCCAGGACCGCUCUACAGACCUACAUUCCCGGCUGUGAGCCUGUCUGGCAGGAUACCGAUGAGGUUUCCUUACAACAGUUCUUCACAGAGCUUCAGACCUACCUCCAGCACAGCCUGCAGAGUCAGUUGAACCGAGGCAGUCAGGCACUGCUCAUUGUACAAGAGCGCCAGGCAGCACAGAAUGCUCUGAUGGCAGAAGCUCUAGAGUACAUGAGGUCGGAAGUCAACUCUGUUCAGGAAGAGCUUCGGAGGUAUGCAGAAAGAGAUGAACUGAAUGCCGAUGUUGAUGCUAUGGAGAUUGAGUGGACCAAUCCGGCCACUCCACCAGACUUUGUUGCCGAGAUACAGAAAGCUCUUGAUGAGGGAAGGUUGGUGGUGGGUAGACCAGCAACUCCGGCACCACUUUCAGUCUCCAGGUCCUCUUCCAGAGCAGCUACCAGGACAAUGCAGCGGAAGACCAGCCCCUUUGCAGCAUUUCCGGUCCGAUCCACUAGGAGAGUUAUCCCUAUUGUGCAGCCAGCGGUGGGGGCUUCACCCUUACCACCUAGCCGCUUCGGUGGAACACAUCCACUCCUUGGAGGAGCCGACCGAUCCUUUGACUAUGAAGGAGAGUUCUUCUCAGGUGCAGGCCGAGGACCUCCUAGUCCGCUAGCCAGGAACCCAGGAAGGUUUACCAUGUCUGGGGCUGCUCAACCAGCAGCAACCUCACCACUGGCCAGCAACCCGGCACCAGUAGCACCUGUGGCCCCUUCUGCUGCGGCCACCGCUCCCCCUCCAGCUCAGGCACAGGGAGGAAGUGGCGGAGAUCAGAAUCCUCCAGCUCAGGCACAGGGAGGAAGUGGCGGAAAUCAGAACCCUCCACCUCCAGCAGCCCGCGCUCCCGCUCCAGGAGAUUCGGAUAACUCUGACAGCUCAGACUCGGAACCAGAAGGUGGUAACAGAAGAAAUUGGCGGAGAUACCUUAAGAAGAAGUUGGAGAAGCAACAGAGGAAUCUGUUGGCAAUGAUGUCCCAGCAGUAUCAACCUCCGACCACCUCCCACCCUUCUACUUCCACCAGGGCUCGAGAACCAAAGGAUCUCUGA